AUGAUCUCUGGUGACUUGCUUGUUGUUGCUGUCAUAUGCAAGAAGACGAGUGGCGCACGGAAGGCAGCUAAGGAAGGUGGCCUCAAACGGUCUCUUUCGGUGCUGCUAUUUCGCAACGGCAUCCUCCAUUUCGUCAUCCUCUCAUUUCUGAACCUAGUUCAUCUGGCAUGUAUUAUCACGAACUUCUUCCCAAGUUUCAUGGCCACUGUUGGAGAAGCGCUGACUUCUAUUGUGGUCUCCCGCUAUAUACUCAACCUUCGCAAUUAUAACCGACCAUCCGUCAUGAGCAACAUCACCUUCAGCAGCCGGAUGUCCCAGUCCAUCCAAUUCGUCACCUCACGCAGCAUUAAUAGCGACUCGAACCCCGUGCCGCCGCAGACGGGAGACAGCUUCUGCCGACGGCUAGUUGACUUCGUUGAACCUCUCGGAGCCCCCGUGGAGGGCUUCCUCGGGGCUGGUCUGACCAGAGAAGAGGAUGGGGAUGUCGUCCGGGAGAUCCGCUCGCUCUGA